AUUCUAUACUUUGUCUCUUUUUCUCUUUUUCUCUUUUUCCCUUUAUAUCUACUUCUUCUUCUCCUUCUUCUCUUUUGGAAUUAUAUGCCUGGCUGAAAGACGAUCUCGCGAUGAAAACGGCACUCACAGCGUUGCUACCAUUUUUGACUUGCAUCACACCCUCUAUAGCUACCUUGAAAGCAAAAGAUAUCCACCAAAAGAACAAGAGGUUUGGUCUCAAGGCAGCGAGUUUAGAGAGCUUGGACCUUGUUGGCAAUGCCACAUUUGUUCAGAACAUCGAUCAUUCGGACAUCUCACAAGGUACUUUCGAGCAGAGAUAUUGGUGGGAUGGAUCAUAUUACAAAAAAGGCGGCCCGGUCUUCGUGUUUAACCCAGGAGAGCAAUCUGCAGAUGACAUGAUUGGAUACUUGGCGAACGACACCAUACCUGGUCGGUAUGCUCAAGAGUUUAAUGGUGCUGUCAUUAUUAUCGAACACAGAUAUUGGGGUAAAUCCAUCCCCUUCGACGAGCUCACCGCCGAGACCCUGCAGUAUCUCAACCUUCCUAACGCGAUGAAAGAUAUGACAAAUUUUGCCUUGACUGCUGAACUAGAGUUCUGCGAAAACGGUGACUGCAACGCUAACGAUGUGCCCUGGGUACUUGUCGGCGGCUCUUAUAGCGGUGCACUUGCAGCUUGGACUUCUCAGAUGGAACCCGGAGUGUUCCACGCGUAUCACGCAUCCUCGGCUGUUGUUGAAGCAGUACACGACUUCUGGACGUAUUUCUCUCCGAUCGAGCAGGCGCUGCCCACAAACUGCAGCAACAACGUCAAGACGGUCGUGCAGCACGUUGACUAUGUGUUCAACCGGGGAAACGACGAUGAUAUUGAGGAGCUCAAGACCAAAUUCAACCUGCAGGACCUUAACGCAAUGGAUUUUGCUGAAACGCUGGCAAAUCCAAUCUCGGAGUGGCAGAGCGACCAGGCUGUCGUCUUGCAAUUCUGCGACUAUUUCGAGACAUACGGUGGCCGUAGCAAAACGACCAUCAACAACGGUACCGGGGUUGGGCUGGUCGCUGCGCUGGAUGCGUACGCCGCAUGGAUCAAUGCAACGGCUGGCUGCGGCGAGGGGGGCUCCAGGUGCAACACUUGGGACCCGGAAAUCGAAUGGAACACGUUGAAGGACCAUGAUGACUACCGGCCGUGGCAAUGGAUGCUCUGCAACGAGCCUUUCGGCUGGCACCAGGUCGGCCCACCGACUUCGGACGGCCAAAACAUCGUGUCAUCGCAGUUGCGUCCCGAGCAGUACUCACGGCGAUGCCCGCUCGUGUUCCCCGAGACCAACGGCUUCGUAGCCGGCAGCAUGACCGGCUGGACCGAGGAACGCCUCAACGCCUGGACCAAGGGUUGGGACGCGCCUUACAAGCGAGUCUUCUUCGUCGACGGCGAGUUUGACCCGUGGAGGUCGGCCACUUUGUCCAGCAACUACAGGCCGGGUGGCCCCUGUAACUCUACGGACGCUCCUACGUAUGUUGUGAAGGGAGGCGUCCAUACACCUGAGAUGUUCAUUGACGAGGAGGAUCCUGAUACCUGGCCUGUUGUCGAGGCAGCCAUUAAGCAGAUGGGAAGCUGGCUUGAUGAGUGGGAGAAGCCGGGGGCAGUGUAGGGGUGAAGGCAUCGAAGAUAAUUCGCUGCUGGCAUGUGAGAUCAAAAUGGUGCGAGGGCACAUAUUCGGGAUGUUGUAAAAUUGUUUUUGUACGUAUGGUUAAUCACUUCACUCAAGACAUGCCCCUGCCUCAUUUUUUUGUGCAAGAUAACGAUGGGCCAGUAUGUUGCAUUGAAUGUUGGUACAAUUAACUGUCUGGUGGCCGCUUUUCGACUGUUUUCCUCCAACUUCAGGUCCCAACAAAUGCUCGCCAGUUUUGGGUAUACUCCGAGGUAUGGAAUUAUAGUCUCGACUCCUGCGGCGUUGAGGAGGCUCUUUCUCCACAUGCGCGGAAAGCUGACGGAUUGGGAAAUCUUGUUAGUGAUCGGCGAUCUUACU